AUGUACGAAGGGAUUGACAACCUGAAAUCCCUUUACGACCGUGCCGGGAAGACUUUCUCCGGCGGUCCUUCUGCGGCACAGGAUGUGCCGCGUCGUACUGCUCAACCAGACCCAUUAAGUCAAUCAUCAGUUGGGAGCGGGGCUCCCAAGUAUCCCAGGACGGGGGAUAGUCGCGCCACCGGACGAGAUAGCGCUGGUCACCGCGAGAGUGGUCUAAUGGAGGUGGACAAGGAGGGAAAACGCUCUCCAAACUAUCGUGGGGAAGCGUGCAUCCCCGAGAGCCUCUUUGAUCGCGUAACGCAAGGAUUACGCGACGAUCUCGAACAUGAGCGGGACAGGCGUCUCCAAAUGGCGGACACUGUCUUGAAGCAUCGAGCUGAGUUUGCCUUUGCUUAG